AUGCAGGACGAAUCUAUGUUGAAUCACACGGAUAUGGAAGAUAGCGGUGAAGGUCCACCAGUACUGCCAUUUCUACCCCCCACGGAAGAACCUUCCUCAGCUGCACUGGCGAUUUCUGUCGCUUUGGUUGGAUGCUUGACGAUCGCCAUUUGUGGUAAUGCCAGUCAAAUGGUUUUACAGGUCCCAUUAGGUCUACCGUCAGUGAUCUUAGAAAAAUUGGUACGAAUAUGGAUGUUUGGCCGAGUCUCAUGUCAUGCUCAUCACAUUCUCACGACCGCCGGGCGUGUUGUCAUCCCAUGGACCAUAGCAGCUCUUCAUGGGUUUGUGGCGAUGUUUCUGAGCCGGCCAAACCGACUGACACGUUACGAAGGAAUUCUGAUAUCACUGACCUUCUCCUUCUUGACGGUUCUCGUGCUGGUCAUUGUUAUCCCUCAGGGAUUGGCUGCAGAGCUCGAAUUGAUCCGUAAAGAUCAGAUCGAUAGUGAUCAAUACAUCAUGUUGAUCCAUACGUACCGAUGUAACCUGAAGCCCGAAUUAUAUCCAGUUACUGUAUUGGCGAAAUUCGCUUUCGAAUUUGCUGUACCGCUUCUGCUCUCCGUCUAUUUCCAACUGUUUAUCACCUCAAAAGCCAAACUCAAGUCAAGUAAAGCUGUUUCGAGGAAUCUAAUUUACGUCGUUAUCAUACACUAUUGCUGUAAUAUUCUGCCCUACAUUCCGGAAGCUAAACGAAAUAUUCUCUUCACGGCCUUACCAGAAGAUGCUGAUCUACAACAAUUGCUACCGUUUCUCUCCCCUACCCUGAUAUGGUAUCCGCUUAGCCACUUGUCCGCCAAGCUGAGCCGAUGCAAUUCGGAUAAAAUCGAGGAGGACUUGGCUCGAUCGCGAAUUUUGGGCCGAACCACUGAGACAGAGCGAUCACGCUUGGUAGUGACUCCACAGGAUCUCUGA